CCCGACAACACCAACGGGGGGUUCACGUCGUCCUCGCUGGACCGCCGCCACAACUCUGUGGCCGCCAAGAGCCUGGAGGCCCUGAACAGCAUACACAAGGCGGACAUCGAGCGGCAGCGAGACGCCCUCAUGGAUCUCCAGAAGAACAAGUUCUCCAACAGCCCCGGCAGCCUGUCGCAGGGCUCUGCAGCUGCUGGACGACAGCAACAACCAAACUACUGGAGCUUCAAGACUCGCACACCACGUGUGACACGACUCAGCCCGACACAGCCGGCUCUUGCUGACCAGGCCAGCAGGGUAUCCUUUGCGUCAGCUGAAAAUCUGGAAACCAUGUCAGAGCCUGAUAUCCCCAUCGGCUUUAACCGGAUGAACCGGCUUCGCCAGAGCCUGCCGCUGGCCCGCUCGUCCAGCCAGGCCAAGCUGCGGGCACCAGGGAUCUUGUUCCUCCAGCUCGGGGAGGAGACUCGCAGGGUCCAUCUGACCCACGAGCUGACCAGCCUGGACACUCUGAGGGCCCUCAUUGUGCACAUGUUCCCGCAGAGGCUCACCAUGGCCAUGCUCAGGUCUCCCAGCACCGCUCUGCUGAUCAAAGAUGAGACCCGUAACGUCUUCUAUGAGCUGGAGGACCCACGGGACGUUCAGGACCGCUGCGUAAUUAAGAUUUACUGCAAAGAGCCCAUUUAUGGCACCUACCCCGGACACCACAGCCCACACCUGGCGAACGGAGACCUGCGGAGGGAGAUGGUGUAUGCACCUCAGGACUCUCCACCCAACCGCCGCCUCAGCAACCCGCCCAUGUCCUCCCAGCAUUCAUCCUCCUCUGCCUCACCUCCUCAAGGCUCACCGUCACGCGCCCGCCUCCUGUACAGCGGAGGCAGGCCUUCUUCUUACGCUGGGCCGCCCCACCACACCCACUCCCUGCCACACCCGCACACCCAGUCCCACCACUCCUCUCCCCACCAGCAACCACAGCUCCACCAGCCCCACCACACCCAGCCGGCCUUCUGUGCCUCCUCCAGUGCCAUCCUGGAGCGCAGGGAUGUGAAGCCCGAUGAUGAAGUGGGGGGGUCCAGGAGCAUGGUGCUGCUGCGGGGAGACGAUCGUGGUGGAGGGGGGAUUUACGCGGACCCCUACUCUCUGGGCCCAGACACAACUCGGCUGAGUCUUGCAGGAGGUCCUCACUCUCCUCUACCAGCCAGAGCCGACCCCUACGGCUCCUUAUACCGGCGUGGAGGGGGAGGGGGAGGAGGUGGCGGAGCUGGAUCAGUGCGUUCACUCACCUCCUACUCAGCAGCUGCUUUACAAGGAGAGCUGAUGGAAAGUGGCGCUCUCUACAGGCCAGGAGGGCCACUUUACAACGACGCCUACGCUGCCUCUGUGUUGGCCAUGGGGCUGCGGGUGCCACCACCCUCCUCCCCACAGAAAAUACCCGACAUGAGGGAUGCCUAUGCGGGCACCAUGCCAGGUCGUGGCUCCCCUGGGAGGCAGACUUUGCGACGGGACUCUGUGACCUCUUCUGUGUUCGGGGACAGCCCCAAAUCCCGGGGCCAGGCCCCUGGGUUAGGUCUCACUGCAGAGCAGCUCUGCUUGAUGGCCGGUCCUGGAGGGGAGGGAGGGAGCGGCGGAGGCUUCGGCUCACCUCUGCUGGGGAAUGAGACGGAGACCAGGUAGGACGAAAGACUGGAGCGAAUGGAGGCCAUGGAGAAGCAGAUAGCCAGCCUGACUGGACUGCUGCAGAGAGUCCUGAGCAGAGCGCCUGAGGCAGAAAGCCCGGAGAAGAUUGAGUCAGCCAGUGACUGCUCAGGAACUGACACUCUGACACCUUCCGCUCCCUUGGCCCUGAUGCCACCUCCACCCUCGGGCGCCAACCAGCCUGUGACCGUGUCCAGGCUCCAGAUGCAGCUCCACCUGCAAGGUCUGCAGCAGAACACCAACGCGCUGCGCAAACAGCUGUCACAGCUGCGCAACAUCCAGUUGGAGAACCAGGACUCGGUCCUAUCCCUGCUGCGGCAGACGGAGUCGGAGCUGAGCCUCAUGAUGCUGGACGCCAUGCGCACUCAGGAGGACCCACUCCAGAGACAGCGCCUCCUGGUGGAGGAGGAGAGACUCAAGUACCUCAACCAGGAGGAGCUGCUCAUCCAGCAGCUGCACGACUUGGAGAAAUCUGUGGAGGAGCUGCAGAGGAACUCGUCCGUCAACCACGGCCUGGUGACGGAGCAGGACGUGGAGCAGAAGAGCAAAGAGCUGAGGAUGCUGGGAGAGACGCUCACUGAGCUCAAAAACCAGUUCCCCAGCCUGCAGAGUAAGAUGCGGGUGGUGCUGAGGGUGGAGGUGGAGGCUGUUAAGUUCCUGAAAGAGGAGCCUCACCGCCUGGACGCCUUGCUGAAGCGCUGCAACACCAUGACUGAUGCGCUCAGUACGCUGCGCAGACAAGUCACUGAGGGAGUGUGGAAGGGCCCCGAGGACCUGUCCAGCCAAGCACAGAAGAGAGCGGAGGACAUGAGUCGCAGCUCUGACCUGGACAUCCUGAACAGUCCUCCUCUCAGUCUCACUGACCUGAGCACCACCGCUGGCCUGGCCAACUGGAUGCCCACGUCCGCCGGGGACACAGACGCCUCGGGCCCCGAGCAGGACAUCCAGCCGUCAAUGACCUUCAGGAAUCGUAUCCUCGAUGAGCUGCCCAGUCGGCGUCCUGCUGACAAGUCUGUGUCGGCAGAAGUCAGACUGGCGGCAGAGCGGGACUGGGAGGAGAAACGUGCCAGCUUGACCCAGUUCAGCGCCCAGGACAUCAAUCGCCUGCUGGAGGAGACCCAGGCCGAGCUGAUGAAGGCCAUCCCGGACCUCGACUUCGCUGCCAGGCACAUCAACAAGCCGGCAGUGCCCCCCAAGCCGCAGAUCACCAUCCCAAUAACUUCCACUACGGCUACUUCUCCCGCAGCUGGGACCACUGGGACCACAGCCACCACAACCACAACCCCCACACCCAGCGGGGACCAGCAGCCUGGCAAAGUGCAGCUGGCUGCCCAGAAGCUGAACAGCAUGGAGGGGGCCGGUUCACAUCGAGGGUCAGCAGUGGACCUCAGCGUGGCCAGGUACCGGACAGAAAAACCCUCUAAGUCUCCGCCCCCGCCUCCGCCACGACGAAGCUUCCCGUCGGCACACGGCCUCACCACCAACCGCACCGGAGAAGUCAUCGUCACCACCAAGAACCUGAAGAUGGAGGAUGACGGUGACCUGCCAAAAACUCUCGUGAAGCUGAGGCGCACCCCCUCUGACACCCCGCGACCCGCCUCGACCCCGCCCGUGAUCGCAGCAUCGGCCAUUCAAGACGAGGAUGAUGAGGAGAAGAUCAUUGCUGAGCUGGAGGUAUUUCAGAGAACUCCUGUAAAAGCUUGUAAUAAACGGUACAGGAUCCUACCAAAGGCCACCCCCACCCCUCCCUGCACCUUUGGGUCCUUGGGCAGAAAGAAUAGCAGUAACUCUCCGGGGCCAAUGAAGGGUCCCACCGUCGCAGCCAGGCUCAAACACCUUCAACAGGGCAGCCUGGAGAGGCCCAAAACCCGCAAGCAGAAAGAGGAUUUCCCCAAAGUCCAGGGCCAGCAGCAGGUAUUCCACUUCUAA